AUGAAGACGCAGGCGCAGCCCGAAAAGCCAGCGGUCCAGGAGGCAUCGCAAGAUCGCUUCAGUUUCUUCUCCUCGGAUACCCAACAGGCCACCACAGCAUCAUCCUGGACAUCUCUCUUCCCAAACGGAAACCAGGAUCACAUCUUCCAGGAAAGCCAGAAAGCCCGCCCAGACCCCUCCUGCCCUGUUUGGUGGGUCGACGUCCGCAAUGCCACCGAGGAAGACGUGGGUAUCGUCGCAGAGGCCCUGUCCAUCCAUCCGCUGACAGUCGAGGAUAUCGCUAUCCGUGAGCCUCGCGAGAAAGUCGAGGUCUUCAAGAACUACUACCUCAUCUCCUUUCAAACCUUGGCCUCACAGGUCACGGAGGGCGGGGAGCGACUGGGAAUGCCCUCAUCGGCGGAGAUAUACAUCCUGGUCUUCCAGUAUGGAGUCGUCACGUUCUCGCCUAGUGGGUGUAGCCAUGUGAGCCGCGUUCGGGAUCGAGUUCGCAAAAUGCAUGAUCCUUCCAUCUUGUCUAGUGACUGGAUCUGCUACGCAUUGAUCGACGACAUCGUGGACAGCUUCGAGCCCUUCACUCGAGCCGUUGAAGCCGAAUCCGAAGCCAUCGAAGAUCAAGUCUUCAUCGCCCGGAUCGACGACGUCAAAGAACUAAUCCCACAAGUCGACAUUCUCCGCAAGAAAAUCACCCACAUCAUUCGCUGUUUACACGGCAAAGUUGACGUUCUCAACGGCUUCGUGAAACGCUGCCAAGCACCCGAUAGACUCCCUGUCUUCCCAGAUGGUGAUCUACUGCUGUACCUGGGCGAUGUGCAGGACCACCUUGUGACGACGCUGUCCACGCUAGCGCAUAUAGAUGAGAUUAUUGGUCGGUCGCAGGGUAAUUGUCUGGCGCAGUUGAGUGCGACCAAUUUGCGGAUUAGUUUGACGAUUAACUCUGCUAUGAGUAAGGUUACUGUGUUGGCGACGAUUUUUGUUCCUUGUCAUUUGGUGACUGGUAUGUUUGGGAUGAACGUUUAUGUGCCUGGUCAGGAUACGCCUGGGUUGUCGUGGUUCUUUGGGAUCGUGGGUGUUUUUGUGGCUUUUAUGGUCGUUUGUAUGGGGAUGGCAGCGAAGUUUAAGCUGUUGUAG